AUGAAGAGCAUAAACCCAGUGAAGAUGUUGGCGGCGUUUGCUCUGGUUUUUCUGGUGUCCAGUGUGACUGAGGGACGGAUUAUCAGUAAAUGUGAGCUGAAGGAGAAGCUGGAGGUGGCUCAGAUUCAGGUGAUUCGGGCCAUGGGAGACAAAAUGACCGCGAACGAUCUCAACGCUAGACUUGCCUGCUUGGCCGGUGCUACAGGCUUCAACACCAGCUUUGUCAAAACCGUCCCCGCCAAACCUAAAGAGCUCUUAAAUAACCACUCUAUAAAGGCAAAUGCAAAGCGGCGUCCCGUCUGGCACCUGUAUGGUGUGUUUCAGCUCAGUGAUCAGCUGGCCUGUGAUUCUGGCAUGAACCCAUCUCUCAAUGUCUGCAACACGAGCUGCACUGCUUUUAAUGACGAUGAUGUAUCAGAUGACAUCGCCUGCCUGAAUGCCAUUAUUAGCAGCAUUAAACCUAGACCCAAAAACAUCACCUCUCUUCCACUUGUAACAUUAAACACCAUUUUGAUGAAGGAGUGUCACUCUGUGGUUCCCUCUCUGUAUUUUGCUGAGUGUCCGAGUGCAACAACACCAAUGAGUGAAACAACACACUGCACAAACCAAUGGCACUUUAGCCCACCAAAAAGGGCGGAGCCGACCUUUACAGAAGUCGGCUCAGAGCGCCAUUUAUCAGAUCAUAAUCCUUCAGCGACGGGGAUCAUCUCUUCGCUGACUCUGGAAGAAGCCGAGAUGAAGAAGAAGUCGAGGAAGAAGAAGCUCCAGCUCUGCUCACCGCCGUCGAAGACGCCCAAGCAGCGAGGAUUCCCUGCGGCCAUCCGGCGCGUGAAGAGCAAGCCAGAGAGCGAAUUUUCUAAAGAAACCGCGAGUGUGGAUCAUGCAAGGAUCCCUGAGGCUGAGUUCUCACUGAAGGCUCACUGA